AUGAUGAUGGCUCUAAGGUUUCCCAUGAAGUUUAUAGAGUUGGUGAUGAGUUGUGUUACUACUCCAAGGUUUUCAUUCAUGAUCAAUGGGGCUCAAAAUGGUUAUCUUCAUUCAAAUAGAGGUUUAAGACAAGGGGAUCUAAUGUCCCCCUUGCUCUUUGUAAUAGGAUUGGAAUAUCUCUCGAGAAUUCUGGUUAAAGUAGCUCAGCAAACUGAUUUCAAGUUUCAUCCAAGGUGUGAAAGCCUAAAGCUUACCCAUCUUUGUUUGGCGGAUGAUUUGUUAUUGUUUAGUAAAGGAGAUUUCAAGGCUAUCCAUUUAAUGUUAAGAGGCUUUCAGUUUUUCAGGAUUGCAAGCAAACAAAUGGAAAUUUGCCAUAUAUGGUGCGGGGUUGAAGGUGGAGGAUUGGGCUCAGCUUACUGGAUGACAUGUUUUAUUCGCAGUAGUCUUCCUUUUAACUAUUUAAGAAUGACAAUGAGCAACAAAAUAAAUACAAGAGCGGAUUAUGAAUGUCUUGUAGAUAAAAUGGUAGUGAGGAUGAGGAAUUUGAGCUCGAGGAAUCUUUCUUUUGCAGAGCGAUGCAUCCUUAUUAAUUUUGUGUUGCUCUUAAUAGAUACUUACCGGUCUCAAGUGGUAAUUCUCCCAAAAACUGUGCUUAAAAGAAUCAAUCAAAUCUGUAGGGCUUUUUUGUGGAAAAGCAUAGACAAUUAUGUAGGUCCUGGGAGAGUUAUUUCUUGGGCUGAGAUGUGCAAGUCCAAGCAGAAGGGAUGGCUCGGUUUCAAAGAUAUUGGUCUAUGGAACUUUUGUACUAUAAUAAAAUAUGUUUGGGCAAUUGCAAAGAAAGAAGAUAAUUUAUGGGUUAAAUGGGUACAUAAUGUGUACUUAAAGGAGGUUGAUUGGUGGAGUUAUAAUGCUCCAACUACAAGUAGAUGGUACUGGAACCAAAUUGUCAAGACUAAGAAUGAGUUAAAGGAAGUUUACCCUCAUAAUGAAAUCAGUUGGCCAAGCUAUAGCAUUGCCAAGGUGCACAAGCAGCUGAAGAAGAAUACAGAGAUAAGAUGGAAGUACUCUCCGAUUUGGGAUAGACUUGGUAUCCCUAAGCACAAGUUUGUGACAUGGUUGGCGUUAAAGAGGCGCUUGCAGACCAGAGACAGGCUCACAAGAUUUGGUGUUACAAAUGACCCUCUUUGUGUUAUCUGUGGUCAAUUUGAAGAAUCCCACAUACACUUAUUCUUUGAGUGUCACUUUAGUAAUCAAUGUAUACAUCAAAUUUUGUACUGGUUAAGUAUUGGUUCUAAUAGAUAUGAGCUUAUUGGAAUGUUGAAUUGGGUUAGGAGAAGUAGGCAUUCAUGUUGCCGAAUAAGAUUUUAUUAUUGUGCUCUCAUUGCUAAUGUGUACCAGAUAUGGAGAGCUCAAAAUGAUGCCUGCUGGAACCUAAAGGUACCAAUGGCUUGUAAUGUUGCUUUGAAAAUCAAAACUGAUAUCUAUAAUAAGAUUUCCUUUAAGGCAGGGAAGAUAAGUAAGGAUGAUUUAGAUUGGGUGGGAAAGUUACAAAUGUAA